AUGUCUUUAGUUAAGUUGAAAAAAGCACCACCCAAAUCCCAAGAAGAUAAUGCUGAAAAAGAAAUGGUAGAAGUUGGUGAAGAGGUGGUGGAAAUUGAGAAACCACAAAGUAAUAUGAUUUUUACAAUACAAGUCCCUCCCACAUAUCUUCAACGGAUUCAAAAAAUAGAAGAGGGUGACAAAAUUAUUAAAUUCAUGGCCAAGCUUAGCAACAUUUCUAUCAAUAUCCCAUUGCUUAAAGCAAUCCAAGAAAUCUUGAGAUACGCUAAGCAAAUAAAGAAGUUGAUGUUAAGGAAGAAUCUCAUCGAAGGUGAUACAAUUGAAGUUACCCAUAUUUGUAGUGCAAUCAUAAGUAGCAAAAUAGAGGAAAUGAAGGAAGAACCUAAAGCUUUUACCAUCCCUUGUACUAUUAGAACACAUAUGUUUGCAAAAAAUCUAUGCGAUCUCGGUGCAAGUAUAAACCUCAUGCCUUUUUCCAUCUACAAAGAGCAUUGA